AAUUACUUAAAUACUUAACUUAAAUUUUCUGUCUGCCAUAUGAAAAAUAUUAAGUACAUAUAUAAAACUAUAUAAAAUUAAUUAAUAAUUGAUAGAAUAACGGAAAUUACACUAUUUAACACACAAGUUAUACGCAGCUCAAACGCUAAAAAUUCUAUACAAAAUUAAAGUACCAAGUGCAAAAAAAUAAACAGAAAAGAUAUUGAAAAAUUAUAUAAAUUAGUUGAAACAAAUGAAUAUUGUGUCAAAUUAAAAUUAAGUUAUAUUUAAACAGAGUGAAAGAAAUAGCAAAAUACUUUAUUUGCCAUUUCCCUCCCGAUACUCCCCACAAAAUUUACACUUUUAAAUAAAAACAAGAAAUAAAAACCCGACAAAAUUCAGCAAAAUCUGAAAAUGUUGCACGAGGCGUUGAUGCUCGAAAUCUACAGACAGGCUUUAAAUGCCGGUGCCCUGCCCACAGCACGUCCCCGAUCAACGGAAUCGGCAAAUUCGAGCGAACGUUGCCCCUCCCACGACUCCAACUCCUCGGACAAUGGCAAUGGAGGUGGUGGACAGAGGGACGCGUCGAGUCUGGCGGGGGGCGUGAUGCCCGGCGUGGUGCCAACAUCGACAGCGAUGCACUCAACAUUCCCGGCAGUGCCGCAAUCGCUGCCCGCUCAGCCCUCCUCGAUGGAGGCGUAUCUGCACAUGGUGGCGGCUGCCGCCCAACAAUAUGGCUUCCCACUGGCGGCUGCUGCGGCGGCAGGUCCCCGCUUGCCCCUGCCACUGGCCAGCGAGGCGGCAGCGCCGUUCAAGCUGCCACCACAAGCGUCACCCACCGCCUCCAGCAGCCACUCGGAGGCGUUGGACUUCCGCACCAAUUUGUACGCUCGAGCGGAGUCGGCGGAGCCCGUGGCCUCUGAGGAGGAGGAGGAGGAGUUCGAUGAUGGCGGCAAUAAUCCGUUGGAUCUCUCGGUGGGAACACGGAAACGCAGUCAUGAAAAUGAAUCCAAUAUUGGACAGAUCCAGGUGAAGAAAAUGUUCAAAUCAGAAAGUCCGCCGGCAAUAGCUGCUCCUCCAGCUGCGUCCUCCGCUUCCGCCUCCUCGGCGCUGUUGCCCGGAGUGAAUCCCUAUUUGGCAGCUGUGGCGGCUGCCAAUAUUUUCCGAGCGGGACAAUUUCCCGAUUGGAAUGGCAAAAAUGAUCUCGUGGUGGAUCCGCUCGAGAAGAUGUCGGAUAUUGUCAAGGGUGGUGCUGGUGGUGGUGCAAAUCUGCACAAGGAGAAGCCACAGAGCAAGGCAACACCACCAACAACUGCAGCAGCAGCUGCACCACCAAGCAAAAGUCCCGCCAACAACAGCAGCAACACCGCCAACCACAACAACAGCAGCGGCAGCAGCAGCAGCACCACCAACAACCACACUGAGGGCGGUGGUGUGACCAAAGCACGUCAUAAUAUUUGGCAGUCGCAUUGGCAGAAUAAGGGUGUGGCAAGUUCGGUGUUCAGGUGCGUGUGGUGCAAGCAAAGUUUUCCCACGCUGGAGGCGCUCACCACCCACAUGAAGGACAGCAAGCAUUGUGGUGUCAAUGUGCCACCAUUUGGCAAUUUGCCCAGCAAUCAGACGCACCACCAACAGCAGCAGCAGCAGCAACACCACCACCACAACCACCAGCAACAGCAGCAACACCACCAACAGCAACAACACCACCACAAUCAACAGCAACAGCAGCAGCACCACCAACGCAAGCAGUCUGGCAACGCUGGCAAUCAAACGCCAUCGGCAAAUGUGAAAAAUGCAUUUCAAUAUCGCGGUGAUCCGCCCACCCCCUUGCCGAGGAAACUGGUGCGAGGGCAGAACGUGUGGUUGGGCAAGGGAGUGGAGCAGGCAAUGCAGAUACUCAAGUGCAUGAGAUGUGGAGAGAGUUUCCGCUCUCUCGGCGAGAUGACGAAGCACAUGCAGGAGACGCAGCACUAUACGAAUAUACUCUCGCAGGAGCAGAACAUCUCGAUCAAGUCUGGCAACGCCAAUGCGAAUGAUCACGGCAAGGACAAUAGUCAGAAUAGUCUCAGCUCCGAGGAGAGUCGCACUCUCUCCGCCGUGCUCACGUGCAAGGUGUGCGACAAGGCGUUCAGCUCUCUCGGCGAUCUGAGCAAUCACAUGGCCAAGAAUAAUCACUAUGCGGAACCCUUGCUGCAAUCGGCGGGUGCCAGGAAGAGACCAGCUCCCAAGAAGCGGGAAAAAUCGCUGCCGGUGAGGAAACUCUUGGAACUCAAGGCAAAUCCCGAGGAGCAUGCUGUGGAGAAGAGUGCUGCGGCCACGGGGAAACCAGAGAAAUCCGAGGCAGCUUUGUUUGCCGAGCGCAUGCGACAGUAUAUUACAGGUGUCAAGUCACCUGAGGAAAUAGCCAAGGCAGCGCAGCUGUUGGCCAAGAACAAAUCGCCCGAGCUGGAGAAGAUUAACGCGGGCAACAACAACACGACUGCUGGCAAGGCAGCCGGCUCCUCCUCCGUCUUGAGUGCCAUCGAGCAGAUGUUCACCACCAGCUUUGAUACGCCGCCUCGUCACGCCAGUUUGCCCGCCAGUUCGCCAUCGAACUCAUCCACGAAGAACACUUCGCCGGUGGCCAGCAGCAUCCUGAAGCGUCUGGGCAUCGAUGAGACGGUGGACUACAAUAAGCCCUUGAUCGAUACCAAUGAUCCGUAUUAUCAGCAUUAUCGCUACACGAGCAGCGAGCGCAGCGGCAGCGAGUGCAGCGCAGAGGCGCCACGCCCACGUCUGGAGGCGCCAACGCCCGAGAAGCAACAACAGCCACAAGUUGUCCAGCUGGAGGCGCCCAUUAAACAGGAGCCGGAAACGAGUCUCAAAAUGGAGAUCAAGUCGGAAAUAAGCGAUGAACCGCAAGAUGAGACCAAAGCGGAAGCGGAUACCGAAGCGGAUGCUGAAGCUCCGCUGCUCAAUGGCAACUACAAUAACAACAACAACAACAACAACAAUAAUAAUAGUAGCAAUAAUAAUAAUAACAAUAACAAUGGCAGUGGUUCACCCAAAUCCUCGCCAGCUGCGGUCAGUCCACAAUCCGCGUCGCGUCUUCCUCUGCCGCCGCGCAGUCCGGCGGACAGUCAACGCUCGGCCACGCCCAAAUCGCCCGCCUCGAGUCACGGCAGCAGCAACGAGGGAGGCAAGAAAUCAUCCUAUCCAAGUGAUUCUCUCAACGCGCUCUCCUCCAUGUUCGAUUCUCUCGGCAGCAGCAGCGGCGCCAAUACACGCUCCAAAUUGACCGCAACGGGAGCAGGAACAGUUGGAUUGGGUGGAGGAGGGGGCGUGGGAGUGGCAGGGGGAGUUAUUGAUGCCACGCCGGAGAAUCUAAGUGCCAGCAAUUCUCUUGCCGCUCUGCGUCAAUUCUGCGUGAAGAAAGAGAAGACCGCCUAAAGAGAAGGUGAGGGGAAACAAAACACGCGCCACGAAUUGUUGCCACCGAAUCAUUUUUCGUUGUUUUGGAACAAAAAUCAAUCGAUCGAUUUUUUGUCAACCUUUUUGUUUGCCUCCUGACUUGCUCCCUGCCUCCCCCCGCCCGGGGCAAGUGUGGGGAGUGAGAGGGCGGGGGCGAGGGGCGGUCAAUGUCCAACUGCCGCUACAGCUUCAGCUUCAUCAGCUCGACGGCUCGACGACAUCUUUGCAAAAGACAACAACCACAUUCAUCCAUCAUAUUAUGUCUAUAUAGACAUAUGAUGACAGAUCGGCAAUCGAGGGAGAAUUGCGCUCCUGCCGCCCAUUUAUGUGCGCCACGCCCACCUUCAGCUAGGCAACUGGGCCGACUUUUUCAAGGAUUCCCAACUGCGCCUGGUUUGACAUCCUUGAAAGACUUUGGCUACGCUGCGCUGAAAACUUGGCUUCGAAAAUCUGUACCGUUGGGUCCUUUGCCCAAGUAACUAAAAUAAAAAUUAUAAGAAAAAAAACUUAAGAAAAAUUUAAAAAGAUUUAACUAAUUGGAUGUAUAAAAGCCCUUCUCAGGGCUGCCAAAUGCCUGGGCAAGGAGAAUGAAAUUUGAAAAAAAAAAUGAAUCAUUGUGAUCAAAAUAAACCGACUUUUAUUGAAUUUUUAAA